AUGAAACUACGUCACACUAGUCCACCUUACUAUUUAUUGUCAGUGGGUAGUGAGAGGGAGAGCAUUACUAACCAUCUACUAAGUCGUGUGCACAUCACCGACAUGGCAGCAAGGGCACCCGUACACCUCAGAGGAUUUAUUGCAAGAGUCGCCCUUAACAAGAAAAAUCUUCAUGCAAGACAUAAGCUAGACACAGAUAUUGACAAAUAUUAUUACACGCUCCACAAUGUAAUAAUUCCAGAUUUUAUGGAUAUGGUUAAGGAAAUACCAGGUUAUCCAGAAAGGAUUAAGAAGUGCGUUGCUCACACCACUCCAUCAUAUUUUGAAGGAUGGGCCUUCAGCACCGAAUUAAUAUACAAAACAGUGGCAGAUAAACAACAUCAAACAGAAAGGAACUUAGAAAAGUGUAGAAUCAUCAGAGCUUUGAUGGAUAUGAGCUAUGCGAUGGCAGGAAUACUUGAUGACUAUGUUGACAAAGGUGAGUUCAGACGAGGUAAGAAGGUUUGGGCUUCCGUAUGUGAGGGAGGCCAAGAAGCUGCAAUCUACGACUCCAUUGCUGUCACCUACUUGAUGUCACUUAUGGUUAAGCGCCACUUCGGUACGGAUCCAGGAUAUAGCAAGCUGAUAGAAUUAUUUAAUAUGGUUCCUGGCACAGCGGCGAUAGGGAACACGCUGGAUAUCCUUGACCGUCACGACACAAACUACUAUGAUGAUACAAUGUGGAAACAUUCCGUCCAAAACAAAGCAGCGAAUACUGUAUUUCCUGCAGCAACAGCUGGCCUAAUUCAUGCAGGAGUACUCUGUGAUGACCUACUUGAUAGGACUAGUGAAGUGUUUGGCUACACUGGACAUCUGUUUCAAGUCUGGGAUGAUUUCAUGGAACACUACGCUGUGAAAGAACAAUCUGGCAAAGGUGCUCCAGAUACCAAAUAUAACGCAAAAACUUGGGCAACGUUGACUGCAAUGGCCCACUUUAAUGAAGCCCAAGCCAAGGAGUUUAAGGCCUGCUACGGGUCCACCGAUCCAGCCAAAAGAUCGAGAGUGCGCGAACUAUAUGAUGAAGUGAAUUUACGAGGACUAUAUAUUGAUUAUCUCAGAAAUACUUAUAUGGUCGUGGAAGAAAAAAUCAGCAAAAUUCCCGAUCCCAGAAUACAAAGUGCCUGUAGAAGCUACAUGGAUUGGUUGCUUGUUGAACCACCCCAGGAUGAAGAAGAAGCUGAAAGCGUAUUAAAUAACUGAGAGGACAGAAAGACUAAGUAGACUAAAUGUUAUGUGAACAUGCCAUAUCAAAUAAACGACAAUUUAUUGUCACACAUUAUAUUUUGUUUUUA